GCAAGAGUAAAGAAAAGAAGGAGGAAAAAGAGGAUCCGGUCACAACUGCCCAAGGAUCUCCGCCUUUCCGAGGACAAGGGUCCACGAUUCAUCGGGCCACUGCCUCACUCACUACUCCAUACGCCCCCACCGUUUUGCCUCCUCCCCCCCCAACAAGAAGACCUUCCUAUUAAAAAUCCCUUCUAACCCGCACCUGCCUCCAUUAUCAACUAUUUCUUGUUUUCUGCACACAGCAGUUCCUGGCAGUUGUUCUUCCAACUCCAGUCCAACUUCUGAAUUGUCACAAUUCAUCCACCCUUUCCUCUUUCUCAAACCCCCCAGUUGGACAGAGCCGAACACUGGUUGUCACGGACGCCAACAUCUGGCUCUAUUUUCCUCUUAUUUUUUUUUUUCCCCUCCUGCCCACCAUGGCCUCCUCGACAUCGCCAGCGAGGCAGGCUACCGCCUUUCCUGACGGCACCACCGAGUACAAGCCGCUCCGCAAGACCACCAGCUAUGACCCAAAGAAGCCACACAUCUCAGAGCUGCCAAUGACAUGGCAGAACUGGUACAAGCACAUCGACUGGCUGAGCACCACCUUCAUCAUCAUCAUCCCCAUUAUGGGCUUCGUUUCCACCUACUGGGUGCCUCUUCAGUUCAAGACCGCCGUCUGGGCCAUAGUCUAUUAUUUCAACACCGGUCUCGGUAUCACCGCAGGCUACCACCGUCUAUGGGCUCAUCGCUGCUACAAGGCUAGCCUUCCCCUCCGUAUUUACCUUGCAGCUGUUGGUGCUGGCGCCAUGGAGGGCUCCGCUCGUUGGUGGUCAAAAGGUCAUCGUGCACACCACAGAUAUACCGAUACCGAGAAGGAUCCCUACUCCGUGAGGAAGGGUCUUCUGUACAGCCACAUUGGAUGGAUGGUCAUCAAGCAGAACCCCAAGCGUGCUGGCCGUACCGACAUUACCGACCUGAACGAGGAUCCUGUCGUCGUCUGGCAGCACAAGCAUUUCGUCAAGACCGUCAUCUUCAUGGCCCUGGUCUUCCCCACCCUGGUUGCUGGAAUUGGCUGGGGCGACUGGUUCGGCGGCUACAUCUAUGCGGGCAUCCUGCGCGUCUGCUUUGUCCAGCAGGCCACCUUCUGCGUCAACUCGCUGGCCCACUGGCUCGGCGACCAGCCCUUCGACGACCGAAACAGCCCCCGCGACCACGUCAUCACCGCCCUCGUGACUCUCGGUGAGGGUUACCACAACUUCCACCACGAGUUCCCAUCCGACUACCGCAACGCCAUCGAGUGGUACCAGUACGACCCGACCAAGUGGAGCAUCUGGCUGUGGAAGCAGCUCGGCCUCGCCUCCGACCUGAAGACCUUCCGCCAGAACGAGAUCGAGAAGGGCAGGCUGCAGCAGCAACAGAAGAAGCUUGAUCAGAAGCGUGCCAAGCUCAACUGGGGUGUGCCCCUGGAGCAGCUGCCCGUCAUUGACUGGGACGACUUCGUCGAGCAGUCGAAGAACGGCAAGGCCCUCGUCGCUAUCGCCGGUGUCAUCCACGACGUCGCCGACUUCAUCAAGGACCACCCGGGUGGCAAGGCCCUCAUUUCCUCAGCCAUUGGAAAGGAUGCCACCGCCAUCUUCAACGGCGGCGUCUACCUGCACUCUAACGCUGCGCACAAUCUGCUCAGCACCAUGCGCGUUGGUGUCCUUCGUGGAGGCUGCGAGGUUGAGAUCUGGAAGCGCGCGCAGAUGGAGAACAAGGACGUGUCGUUUGUCAACGACCUUUCCGGUCAGCGGAUCAUCCGCGCUGGCGGGCAAGUCACGAGGGUGCCAAUGCCCGUUGCUAGCGCUGAUGCGGCCUAGAAGUUUCCGCCGGGGACAAGGGUUUCUCUGGCUUCACUGCCAGCCUAAACAAGGAGUUUCAAUGACUUUAACCUGCAAAUCAAAUUCUACCAAGCAUCGCCGACUUUGGUCGUCACCACUCUUCUUCAGCGUGUCACGACUAAGCGGUCAAUUUAUUACGAGGCGUUCCCAGGGAAAUUUAAUGGUCAAUGAAUGGGUAGGGGGCGUUAGACUUAAGAGAAAUAAAAAUAUAUUCUACUUUCAUGAUC